AGCAUGUGGCUAAGACAUCAAACCUCGAGAAUGUAAAGUUUACCUGGCAUGAGGAGACAGCUUAUGAAUACGAAAGUCGCAUGAAUGCAGAAAAGAAGCCCAAGAAAUGGGACUUCAUUCACAUGAUCCAGAUGCUGUAUUACGUGAAAGACGUCCCAGCGACCAUCCGUUUUUUCCGCAGCCUCCUGGCAGCGCAGGCGAAGCUCCUCAUCAUCCUGGUGUCAGGAACCAGUGGCUGGGAAACACUGUGGAAGAAGUACGGGUCUUCCUUCCCUUUAGAAGAUCUCUGCUCUUAUGUUUCCUCUGCUGACAUUGAAAGGAUACUGGAUUCAGCUGGGCUGAAGUACCAGGUCCAUGAGCUUCCGUCCCACAUGGACAUAACAAGCUGCUUUAUUGAAGGGAACGAAGAUGGGGAGCUGUUGCUGGAUUUCCUCACAGAAACUUGUGAAUUUUCUAAAACUGCUCCUCCUGAAUUAAGGAGUCAGGUAAUGGAAGAGUUGAGAAAGCCUGAGUGCAGUGAAAAAAGAGAUGGGAAGGUGCUUUUUAAUAACAACCUGAGUGUAAUAGUGAUUGAGCCAUGA